AUGGCAUCUGAUUUGGUUCAGAAGUACAUUCUAACGCUUGAUGUGGGGCAUGAGAUAGUCCUCCGUGACGUACAGUUAUGGGAGAAGUGUCCAGAUGGUUCUCCGGUUCCUGACAAGGUGGUAAAGACAUCGGCCGUACUUAUUGGCAGUAUAGACAUCAAUAAACUGCCCUUUUGGAUAGGUAAAACUCAUCAAGGUCGAUGCUACAGCAAUAGUUCAACAACAUCUGCUUUUUUUAGGUCUAAACUCAUGCGCAAAAGACGUGAAUCGAGGGCAUUGCUUAUAGAAGUGUCCGCGGUUGGUACAUCUAAGGAAUAUCUCAUAUUCUACAUACAUCCUCGGGAUCAGAAGACUGCUAAUGUAGCCUACUUUGAACUCGAUCUUGCAUUAAAGCGCCGACUAGAUGCUCAGAUGGUAGACCCUAAGCCUCUUCCAUUACAUUCGCCAAAUAGCACUUCGCCAGUCACACAUAUCGACUCUAUAAUCCGCCGCACUCAGCUUAAACGUACUGAAUCAUCCGUGAAGCUUCGCACUCUUGCACUUCAGCGUGAUUUUAAGCGAAAGUUUUCAUCAAUGUUAUCGCAAUGUAUUCUUAGCGGCUUAAGACUACGAGAUGUCCAUCAAAGGCACUACGAUGAACUCUAUAAGUUCACUUACGAGGCCAGUGAGUUUGCCUUUCGGCGAGAAAUCGCGGAACUAGAAGAGAUAGGACUAGAGAAGAUACAAGAUUGCGUGGAGACCCUACUUAAGUUAUUCACCCGCUCAUAA